AUGCCACCGACCGCCGGCAAAAAACCGUUAUUUCCAACCACACCCGACCCUGUCACGGAUCUCCCUAUCCAAGCACCAACAAUCCUAGUUAUUCAGCCAGGAUCGGUGAACUUACGAAUAGGUCGAGCCUCUGAUGCCUUUCCAAUUACCAUCCCACACUGCAUUGCAAGGAGAUGUCCAGAUCCAGAGAAACGUCUGCCAAAUGACUAUAUGCUGCUCCGUCCAGAGUGCAGUCACUCAGAAGCUGGACAACAGAUUCGAGCAGGACUGGCCACCAUUGAGGAGCUCUUGUUAUCUCGGCCAUCUCGCACAGGCGACUAUCGACAGAUAACUUCCCCUAGACAACUGAUGGCAUUCAACUCACAAGUGCCCAACGAAAGACUAGAGUCCCCAGACUCUCCUGCCUGGACCAACACAAGCAAACAACCUGAGUACUUCAUUGGAGAAGAGGCUUUGUACAUCCACCCAAAGGACAAUUACCGUUUGACAUGGCCAAUGAGACGUGGUCGUUUGAAUGUUCAUGAAGGCCCAGGCGGGUCCCUGACCUCUGUGCUCGCUGACCUGGAAACAAUCUGGGGUCAUGUACUCCAGGAGCACUUGGAGAUUCCUCUGAAAGAUCUAAAGCACUACAGAUGUGUUCUGCUUGUCCCGGACAUCUACACACACAAACAUGUCAAGGCACUGGUCAGUUUGAUCCUCAACAACCUGGGCUUUGGGGCUGUCAUCGUACAUCAGGAGUCUGUGUGUGCUACGUAUGGUUCCGGGAUCCCUGUAGCCUGUGUGGUUGAUGUGGGGGACCAGAAGACAAGCAUCAGUUGUGUGGAGGAUGGUAUUUCUCAUAGAGUCAGUAGACUUACAAUGGAGUUUGGUGGGAGUGACGUCAGCAGACUCUUCCACUCACUGUUGGCCCGGUGCGGGGUUGCCCUGCCAGAGUUGAACCUUAACCACCCGGCUGAUGUUGUACAACUUCAAGCUCUGAAGGAAACUUGCUGCCAUCUAGAUCAG